AUGGCGGUCAAAGCGGCAUUCAUCGGAGCGUGCGGCGCUACUUUGCGGCAUGUGCUAGCUUGGACAUUGCUUGAUGGUCAUAAAGCAGCUGCUCUUGUUCGAGAUGAGUUGAAACUGAAAAAGACUCUCUUGGAUCUCGGCGUGUCUGAAGAGAUCCAACAGUCACAACUCAUCGUUGUCACGGGAUCAUCUCGUGACGUGUCCACAGUCCGCAGUCUUCUUCUCAACGACCCAGAGAUCAUCUUCAGUGGCAUCACAAGCACUUGGAAACUCCGAUUCAAUCUGUUUCACCCAAUUGCUAUGGAUGAUGCCACUGUCACUGGCGACUCCGCUGCCGCGGUAAUACAGGCUUUAAAAGAUCUUGUUUCUACGAACAGUAUCUCGAACUCACCCAUCUACGCUCCAAUCUCAUCAACCGGACAUGGUUCUCGUCGUGAUCAACCACUCAGUCUCAUCCCACUUUACUGGUGGUUGCUGAAAGAGGCGCAGGCAGACACUGCAGCUCUUGAGCGUGUUACUCGUGAGGCCGCCACGCAGAAACAGUCAUGUCUUGGUGGAUAUAUCAUGCUUCGACCGCCAUUGCUGACAGAUGGGGAGAUGAAAGGGACGGCAAAGGUGCAUACAGGGUGGAUUUGGGAAGAUGAUGUUCUGAGGAAGAGUGACGAGCAAGAAGCCGGUAUCAAAGUUGGAUACACUAUCAGCAGGAUGGACCUGGCAAGAUGGAUGUUCGAAGAGCUUAUACAAGGGGAUUUCCAGCGUUGGAAUGGAAAGUCUGUAAAUUUGGUGUAUUGA